GUCUAAACGCGUUGUGAACCGGUCCUAACGGCUCGAUAUUAAUUCAAUAGGUCUGAAGAUUGUCAUAGUAACGGCGAACCUAUCGAAGUUCGCGAAACGUUUCGUCGAAUCCAUUCCCGUUUAACCGCAGAAUGAGUUCCUUUCCGACGUACUUUUUAAAAUGUGGUCCUCUGAAACGGAGGAAGCAACCGCAAACGGUGCCCGGGACCGUGAACGUACCCCUGGGAUACAGACUCCACGAACGUUGCGAUUGCAAAAUCCUACCUCUUCCGGAAAGCUUCGAGCACUUCGAAGAGGAGAGGCGGAGAGAAUAUGAACAUCUGAUCAAGAUUUUGGACUUCGAGGAGCAGACGAACAGGAGGAUCAGAAAGAAGAAAGUCUGGCAACGCGUUCAGCAAGGUUUGGCGGAGCACGAGGACGAGGUGAACGAGCGGCGCGACAGGUUGCGGGAGCUGUUAUUGCGCGAACAGAUGAAUUUGACUCGCGAGGUCGUGUAUCAAGCGCAACACGGCGACGACGCGAGGAUGGACGAAAUGCGGCAGAGGAACGCGGAGUUGAGAAGGGAGCAGGAGGAGCAGCGUCUGGCGAUCGUGGCCGCGAAGAGGAUGCAGCAGUACCUGGAGCAGUGUCCGGAAGCUCGAGAGAAGAUCGCGAAGAGGUCCACCGUCCAGGCGAAGAUGGGUAACCUGGCUCAGAUAGCGGACAACGAGGCGAAGAAGCGAGCCGAGAAGGAGUUGGACAACCUGUGGCACGAGCUGAUGCUGAAGGAGGUCGAGAUGAAGAAGGAGAGAGAAGUCGAAGAGGCCAAGAAUCGCUGCGUCAUCGAACAGACGAAUUUGUCCACGUUGGCCAAGCAGAUGGCUGGUAAACUAGCCCUCAAAGAGCACAAGAAACAGGUGCAGCAGGAGGACAAAGAGUAUAUGGAGCAGUUGAUGAAAAAAUUCCGAGAAGAGGAGCUGAAGAGAUUGGAGAAGGAACGCGAAGACAGAGAGAAGCUGAAGAAGGACCUGCAGGAUCAGAUCUUGGUCGCGAAGAGGCAACUUGCGGAGCGAGCCCGACACGAACAGGAAAUUGAUAGGUUAAGACAGACUUUGGCCGAGGAAGAACUGGCCAGAGAGAGGAGCAAGAUCCAGGAGACCAGCGCGGCGCUCCGCAAGGAGCUGCUGGCUUAUUUGCAGUACCUCGAAGACCUGAGGAAGGAGGAAGCCAAGAGGAACAUCGAGGUAGACCGCAUAGUGCAGCAGUGGAUGAAGGACAGCGCGGACGAGCGCGACCUUGCGAAGAAGAAGUUCAAGGAGUUCCAACAGAGGAAUCUUCAGGAGGUGCUUCGAGCCAGGGAGGAGCAGCUGAAGAUAAAAUGCGAAAGGGAGAAGCAGGAAAUGGAGCAACGGCGAUUGGAGAAGGAGGCACUGGAGAUGGACAUAGAAUUAAACGCGAAAUUAGCGGCUCACGCUAAGGAACUGAAGAAGAAGAAGAUGUUGUGUUACAGAGGAGAACUCGAGGAACAGUGGAGGCAAACUGACGAGGCGCGUCGCAGGGAAAAGCAGGAAGAUAUCGAACGAGUAAAACUUGAAGAGUUGAGGCAGCAACAGGAGUACGAAAAACUUACGGAUGAAUUGUUGAACGCUUCGGAAAAUAUUGUACCACAUCCGUUUAAGAUUUUGCUGAAACAGUGCGCGGCUCGUUACGCCGCGGAAAAGGAGGGACAUUGUUACUGCCCUCCUCCUUUGUCCGAACAGUAAUUUUAAUUCUACCGAUGCUUUUGUAAUUUUAUAUGUACUUUUAUAUCGAAGUGACUCAGGGAAUUGAAAGCUUUUAUAACGAUGUACCGCUACUUUCCUAAAUUUCUGAAUUUGAAGAUCCGGAUUUUCCUCGUCAGAGUUUGAGUACUGUUUUUCCCGCGCCGAAAGGAUCCAUGAUCUUUGUGCGGGGAUCUAUAGCGCUCUUCGGACAACCUGUACCAUCUGUCCCUCGCUGUGGGAAGCUCGGAACCAACCUCGAUUGCCGAUAAAGUAGAACUCUGCUUCAUUAUCGAUUCUACAUUUUUAUCUCCUCGCAAAGUCGCGCCCCUUUUAAAAAGAUCAUACGAGGGCAGUUUCAAAAUACGAAUAUAUCGUAUCAAAAAAGAUUAGAGACU